GGUAAAGGGGGAGAGACCACAAACAGAGAAACAUACUCAGAAGAUCAGAGGAGCACACACACGCAGACAAAGAGACAAGGCAACACAUUCAAGAUAACACAGACAUGCAACUCUAUUGACAAAAACACACAGGAACUUUGUUGACACAGAUAUACACAGGGGCCACAGACACCCAAACACAAAGCAACACCUAAAUCCAAUCACGGAAUACAAAGACAGAGAAAGACUAACUUAUUUAGAAACACUUACACACAGAACCAGCCAGCCUUACACACACACACACACACACACACACACACCUGGAGGGAAGCAUGAGUACCCUGCAGCUGCGACAGGAGAAGAUGGUGAACGGCCACGGAUCGGGACUGCAGACGUGCACGGAGCGGCAAAGAACGCAGGAGGGGGUGGUGGGAUUGAUCCGGGCGUCUCUGGAGGCCAAGGAGUUCGCCUACUGCCCUUACAGCAAGUUCCGCGUCGGGGCAGCCCUCCUGGCCCACGACGGGAAAGUGUUCACAGGCUGUAAUGUGGAGAACGCCUGCUACAACCUGGGCAUCUGCGCAGAGAGGAACGCCAUCUCAAAAGCCGUCUCGGAAGGCUACAGGGACUUCAAAUCUAUUGCCAUUGCCAGCGACCUGUCUGAUCAGUUCAUCUCUCCGUGCGGAGGCUGCAGACAGUUCAUGAGAGAGUUUGGGGCCAGUUGGGACGUCUACCUGUCCAAACCUGACGGCACCUAUGUGGAGAUGACUGUCGAUGAGCUACUGCCAGGAUCCUUUGGACCCGAGGAUCUCAACAUGAAGAAAGUACACAACAUUCCCAACGAGUUCUAACAUCCGAUACCUAGACUUCAACUACUAAUCCAAAGAUCCCAGACAAGAACUUUUGACAACUGGUGCUUUGUCAGUAGGACAAAACUGCUGUGAUACAUGAUGGAGAAGUCGUAUGUUCCCGAGUGAUUCACAUGAGCCACUGUCUUCAAUGUAAUUAUGCCUAUGUGUAUAUAUUUGGAGGUAAUGAUAUGAUAUAUGUGUAUUCCAAAGAAUUAUUUAAGAUUGAUUGUAUACUGAAAUAAACCUACUGAGGUAGUAGUAAA